GUGUUUCCACCUAAAGAAAAUUGAAUCAUGAUAUCUUAAACCACAGUUAUCCCUCCACCCCAAACCAGAGUGAGCCUUCUACGUUAAUCCCAGAAUGGCAUCAACAGAGAAACAGGAUGGACUUAAGAUUGUGAAGGUGGAGGAAGACCCUAUGUGGGACAGAGAAACCUGCCUCCAAGGGAGCAACUUUUCUGGCCAGGAGGCCUCCCGCCAACUUUUUAGGCAAUUUUGUUACCAAGAGACUCCUGGUCCCCGAGAAGCUCUGAGCCGGCUCCGGGAACUCUGUUACCAGUGGCUGAGGCCAGAGUCUCACACCAAGGAACAGAUCCUGGAGCUGCUGGUGCUGGAACAGUUCCUGAUCAUCCUGCCUGAGGAGCUCCAGGCCUGGGUACGGGAGCACCAUCCGGCGAGUGGGGAGGAGGCGGUAGCUGUGGUUGAAGAUCUGGAGCAAGAUCUUAGUGAACCAGGAAGCCAGGCCCCAGAUCAUGAACAUGGACAUUCUGAAGUGCUCUCAGAAGAUGUGGAACAUUUGAAGUCCAAGCAGGAAUCAAAAGUCAUCCAGCUUCAGUCCAUGGUCACACAGCUCAAAUAUGUAUCUUUUGGCCUCCACCAUUUUCGAGAACAAGGGGGUGAAACUAUACCUGAAAACCAAGAGUUGGCAUCAAAGCAAGAAGUCUUAAAAGAAAUGGAACAUUUUGGGGAUAGCAGACUCCAAAGAGAUGUUCCUCUGGAUUCUAAGGACAGAGAAUCUUGUAAACACAAGAGCAGGGUAGAAAAGCAGUGGGGACACCUCACCGGAGAGAGACGUCACAGGUGCAAUGAAUGUGGGAAAAGCUUCACUCAGAGUUCAGUCCUCAUUCAGCACCAGAGAAUCCAUACUGGGGAGAAGCCGUAUGAAUGUGAAGAAUGUGGGAAAGCCUUCAGCCAGAGGUCAGGCCUGAAUGAGCAUCAGCGGGGCCACACUGGAGAGAAACCUUAUCAAUGUAAGGACUGUGGGAAAGCCUUCAGUGCCACCAAUGGCCUCAUUAGACACAGAAGAAUCCACACAGGGGAGAAACCAUACGAAUGUGAAGUGUGUGGGAAGGCUUUCCGCCUCAGCUCGUAUCUUGUUCAGCAUCAGAGGAUACACACUGGAGAGAAGCGCUAUCAGUGUAAUGAGUGUGGCAAAGCCUUCAGUCAGAAUGCAGGGCUUUUCCAGCAUCUCCGAAUCCACACUGGUGAGAAACCCUAUCAGUGCAGUCAGUGCAGUAAAAGCUUUAGCAGGCGGACACUCCUUAUGAAACAUCAGAGAAGCCACACUGGAGAGAGACCGUAUGAGUGUGAUGAGUGUGGGAAAGCCUUCAGUCAUCACUGCAACCUGAUUCGGCAUUUUAGAAUCCAUACUGUUGCCAAACUGGACUAACUUCGUGGACUCCUAAAGGGGCCAUCUUGGAAAAUAAAGAAUCCAAGAUUAAAAAUAUGGAGACGAACAGCAAGAAAAAGGAGCUGUCCUUCGAGCAGGAAACACCUGAAGACGCGUAACCCCCUAAAACAAUCCUAUGCAGACCUCGAAAAAAGCGUUUUUCAGAGCCUCAAAUGCAACAGAAGCAGUGAGUGGGCAAAGCUACAAUGGAAAAAAGAGGUUCAAGUGUGGCGAGCGUAGGAAGGGUUCUAGCUAGUUCUGGGACCUCCGAAUCCACCUGAGGAUCUGCACCGGGGGAAAAGCCGUACGAGUGCGCCGAGUGGAGGAAGGCGCUCCGACCCGACCGAGCUCCCGCAGCGGCCGGAGGGCGGCGCCGCUCCCGCUGUGAGCGCUUGGACAGCGCCUUCCGCCGCGGUUCGCGCACACGCAUGCGCGGCCGGCGGCCAGGACUCCCGCCGGAGCGCGUCCUUCCCCCUUGUGUCCGCACUGAGAGCAGGCCGCCCGCGUGCGAGGACUGCAGCAAGCACUUCAUCAAGAGCUGCAAACUCGUCCAGCACCGGCGCGUACAGACACAGGCCUUAAGAGUGCGGCGAAACGUUGAACUGGGGUUCCGACCGCGUCCAACGCCAGAGGGUCCGCGUGGGGGAGAGGCCCUGUCAGUGUGAGGGGUGCGGCAAUGCCUUCGGUCAGAGCCCAGCACUUCCUAAGCAUAAGAAAACCCAUCCAAAGAGUCAAGGGAAAAAACCUCAUUGGUAGUGUGAUGGAAAGCGUUCAGGCAGAGCAUGAAUAAGUGUAGAUGAAUCAUGGAUGAGAGUGAAAGAAGUGAGCGCUUAAUUCUCAUACCAGGAGGGCAUCCUACUACACUGAGAACAAAUUACGUCUUCUAUCAGAACCUGCAUUUUACUGCUAGCAGUAGUCAAAACCGGUACUAAACCGGCUGUGCGUCAUACAGGUGUUUAAUAUCACAUGAUAAAUAAAACAGACCUUGAGGCUGCACUGACACUGACUCAGGCCUUACUUUGGAAUACAAAUUCUACUUAUACACACGGCAUAGCCAGAGAUUUAGUUAACCUGGGUACUUUGGUAA